AGGAGGUCUACAGCUGGAAGAGUCGUUAACGAAAUGGCCUCCGGUUUUCGUGCGGCUUUCGGUGAGGACCCUGGGCCCAACCCCUGUCCCUUCCUUGGCCCAACCCCUGCCCCUACCUGGGCCCAGCCCCUGCCCCUCCCUUGGCCCAACCCCUGCCCCUUCCUGGGCCCAACCCCUGCCCCUCCCUGGGCUCAACCCCUCCCCUGGGCCGCGCGCGGGGAUGCCGGCCGGGAAGGCUUUUCGGCCUCCCCGAGGAGGCUAUCCCGCGUGCCAUGGUGGCCCGGAGGCUGCCCCAAAGCACCCCCCAUGUGGAAGAUAGGGGGGGUCCAGCGGGUUUGCCGCGGGAUUAGCAAGGCCACAUCCUUUCGGAAAGCCUCCCCCGCGGCUAUUUCGGUCGAUUUCUGAAGCGCAAAAACGACCAACUUUCUAAACCCGCGGCCAAACCCGCUGGACCCACCCUAUCUUCCACAAGGGGGCGCUUUGGGGCAGCCUCCGCGCCACCAUAGCAUGCGGGAUAGCCACCUCGGGUAGGCCGAAAAGCCCUCCCGGCCGGCCGGCGCCCCCGCGCGCGGCCCAGGGGCAGGGGCUGGGCCCAGGGGAAGGGGCUGGGCCCAGGGGCAGGGGUUGGGCCCAGGGAGGGGCAGGGGUCUGGCCCAGGAAGAGGCAGGGGUUGGGUCCCCUUGUUGGGGUCUCUGGGGGCGCUCUUUGCCAAACCCGCACGAAAACCCACCGGAAGGCUUCAAAUUAACGACCCUUCCAGCUCUAAGAGGAAGGAAAUUCACUUUAGACCAGAAUACAAGAUACGCCACUAGACUUAAUCGAGAUGUUGAAAGCAGAGUCACACAUAGAGGCGGUCCUGUGCAGCUGGUCAGACAUAAGUAGCGGUACUCAUUUGUAUUUUUCGAUUUACGGAGCGGGAGCGCGCGGAAAGAUUCUCUAAAGUGCCAGAAGUUUCAUCACAGCUUCAUCUCUGAAAAGCGCAUGUUUGUAUAAGGGUUUUUCUGUCGUGACUCCGAGUUUUUUCUUUUUGUCAAGAUUCAUUACAGCUACUUCAUCUUGUUGACCGAGCACUGCUUUCCCGAAGUCAACGUGAUGCUUUUAAGGACUUUGAAACAAUAGCGAGGCUGUAAUCUAGUUGUGAAGUUCGAUUUUUCUUCCGUCCACAAAAAACUCAGGACGUUGCGCCCAC